AUGUCUGCUGAAUCACCCGAAUCACCCGAACAUUACAAGGACCGCAUAGUCUUAUUAGACCUAGAGCUUGUUAUUGAUGAGCUCUCCGAAAACGAAAAGCACAAAAUUGAUGUGACAGAACUCGGGGGAUUUGGUAUUGUUCACCAUCGCAUGACCCUUGAUAGAGAAGAUUCAGCCAGCAAACCUUCCUUCUUCGAGCCAUAUCCCAGCAUCCCGGAGUCCAGUGACAGCGUCGUUGAUAAAGUCCGCUCGGUUUUGGAAUUCGAGGAUUUCUGUUUUACGCGCCCCGUCGACCGGGCCCGCCAGGUUGCAGGCCCCUGGUCGUCUUAUGCUCCCUACGGGGUGUUUCCCCCAUGGACCAGGAAAGACGUUGGUGAUUACAGACCUUACAAGGAUUUGUAUGAGUAUGAUAAACCUGAAUUUGGGGCUUUUGGGAUGACGGAUGUUCGUGGAAAGGCUUUCCCACACACCAAAGCAGUUAUAUACAAUGGCAUGGAGGCGACAGAUGGGAUGAUUCUUCGUGGGGAGCUCCUGACUAUCCUCCGCCUGAUGCUAGGCCAACUAAGGAAGAUACGCCUCCUCCAGCAUAGGAAAGCACCGGUCUUUGUGGUCUCAUUUAUGGGUAAACGAGCCCGCGCUUUUGAGUCCUAUUACAACGGCCAAUCCCUCGUCCUACGUACUACCAAACUCUACAAUUUCCCCGAGGAUACCUCUAUCGGGUUUAAGGACCUUGCAGAAUGGUAUCUCAGCUCGCCGACAGGGGAUACAUUCUAG